AUGGAACUUGGGACUGUCUUAGCGGUUGUCUCGCUGGUACUGCAGGUCAUCAAACUAGCGGACCAAGUUAUCGAGAGCUUCGAGCGACUAAAAAACUCUCCACAGGAGCUAAGAGACUUUCGCCAAUCUGCCGUGCGCCUGCAGCGCCAUCUCGAGGCUUUCCAAAACGAUGUUUCAUAUUAUCCCUCGGGAGAUAUCUUGCAUGAGGAUGAUGUUCACGAGAUUGAAGAGACACUGACGUUGUGUAAAGACCUUCUUCAGCAACAGGUUACUUCAUCGAAGGGCCCGGUUGUCACGACUGUUAUCCGAGGUGUUUGGACAUUUAGGAAUAAUCAGAAGCUUGUCAAGGUUUCUUUUAGUGGCAGGCAUAAUCCCAAGCCUCCUCUUCUAUUAGGCGAGGAAGAUGAUACAUCCGCCGCCACAGAAAUCUACAACAAUACCCUGAUAGACUCAGCGCAGCAUGUAUCGCCAUCGCAAUACCAAGUCGCGCCAGAGCAUAUACAACAAAUAACCGAAAGGCUUGAGAAGCUCAAGACUGCCGACGGUAAGGACGCUAUCGAGGAGACACUUCGAAGCAUCGACUACGGAUUGAGAACAUGCUGGACAGAGCUGGGCCUAGUGGAGGAGGAUCUCGACGAUCUCAUCGACUACCCAAUGCCAAACAUUAAACGUCGAUCAACACUCAGUUACGAAGACGCACCAACUACAUUGGAGUUGGAGAGUGCGCCGCAACAACAUAGACGACUGCGUCUAAGACGACUUCAUAUUAUGGCUCGAGAUGAUGCGUCUCGCAUCUUGCAAUAUCAGAAUGACGAUUUACCUUACGGUUCUAUACCUUGGACUCGCAACAAGUCCUCCAAGAGAGUUUCCUUCCUCAAGAAACAUCUCGUCACCGUCGUCGACAGCGAGGGCUACCAUAUAUAUCGCCUCGAUCCAAAAUACAAAUUCGAGGACCAUGAAGCAUGUGAUAGGUUCCAGUCAACACUUCGCGAGAGAGAAGUCCGCGGCGCUUUUGAGGCUGUCGAGAUCAAAGUCAAUGGUCGGAUCGUUGCUCGAAGACAAAUGAUACGAUUCUGGCAUAGGGCUGAGCGCGAUGGUACCAUGACUAACACCGUCACCUACUACAUAUCAUCAGGCACCUCUGCUGGAGAAUAUGAUGAGAUUAACCUAGCUGAAUUCCAAACUUCUGUCACAAUUCCACGUAUUCGACGUCUGUCGUGGGACAUUGGAAGGCGAGUCGAGUCCAACUCAGUUAAUCUCAUGCCAUCUCAGCGAGGUUCGAGGCAGUUGCACAUAACGUUCGAGACAGAUGAAGAAGCAAAGAAUUUCAAAGAGAGGUUCACGGCUAUGCAGAAUGGGGGCUUUUCACAACCUCCGUCGCUGAUCGGUGAUUGUUCUACUAGAGCAGAGUCGACUCUAGCAGGCACGCCUGUGAUGGGACCAGGACCGGAUUCAACGACAGUGCCGAUUAUUGCACUCGAUCUAAGUGCCCAACAGGGGCUUUUCGAAGAUUGGAAUACGGCGGUUUUUGAUGCUGGGGCUUGUCAGAUCCGUGAGCCACUUUGA